UGGUAUAAAAUCGAACUGGACGAAACUGAAAGGUUUCAUGAAAUAAAACACCGAACUGCCAUUUUGAAGCGACCAUUGAUGAAAUCUCGUGUUCCAUGGAAAAAUCCUGCCCAUGGAAGAUACUAAUUGUUCUACUUGAUGUACGGAACUGUGCUGUGCUUUGUCGUUUACGUUUUGGAUGUGUAAAAAUAGUUGGUUCUGCUAGAUUCUGAACCUAAAAACAUUAACAUCGGAGCUGAUUAGCGAUGUCGAUGCUGGAUUAAUUAAUGUUUACCAAUAAAAGGCGAUAAUGGAUCGGUGGAACAUUUUUUCUAACGGGGUGUACUGUAACGAGUACGAGCGUGAUAUUUUGGAAACGUUGAAGGAAUGCGAAGAAUACAGAAUGACCGUACAUUUCGUAUCGCCCCAGCUGAACCAUCGACCGGCCACUGUUAGAUUGAUUGAAAAAGUCUGUGAACAACAAUUCUAUCGUCGGGCAACUUUACAUUUAGCUGUCUAUCUGCUAGAUGUGUUUAUGUGCAACCACACAAUACCCGAACGUCGUCUGAGUCUUGUAGCCUUAACUUGUCUGUAUGUGGCUUGUAAAAUCGAAGAAAACGAUCCCAAUGUACCUUCGCUGAUCAAACUGAAUGGGCUCUUGGCAAACGCUUAUACGACAGCCGAUUUCAUCGCUAUGGAAGUGACUAUAUUGACGUUCUUUGAUUGGCAUAUAACCAUUCCAACUGCGUCCACCUUUCUGGACAUAUUUUCGUUGAACAGUUUCACCCAGGAGGAUUAUAACGACAUGCCGAAGGAUUUGGAAACUGAACAGACUUCAGUCCAACAGUUCGAAAGAGCAAUACGUGAGACCAGUGAUAUGAUUUUGAAACAUUCUUUGCAACAUUUAAAGCUGUGUAAUGUAAAGCCGUCACUGCUUGCGGCUAGUUGUGUGGCAGCGGGUCGUUUUUACGUAAAAAACUUGCCUGUUUGGAAUGAUCGCUUAGUGAGUGUGACAGGGUACAAAUACUACCAGAUUAAUGCUAUUUGUCAGCUGCUUCUUUUCGAAGCAUUUCCCCCAUCAACAUCAUUCCCGGUUUUGAUUCCCAUGCGCUUGCCUUCGAAUAGUGAUGCUGGAUAUUUAUCUGAAUGGUUCGAAACGGAUGAUGAGGACAAUGUAUGCAGCAGCGACCAAUCCAGCACCACCAUCAGCGAGGACAGUGACAACGAUACAAGUAGUUGCGUGUAUGGCGAUAGUUCUACAACAGAUUCUGCAAACGACACUGGUGAGCCGAGUGCUAAAAAACGAAAAAUAGUUAGUGCCGAUUGGUCUUCCGACCGAGAGUGAGUGCUGUAGUACGGUACACAUUGAUAAUGAGGGUAUGUACAUUAAUUUAAUUGAA